AUUUUUUCUUUAACAACCUCGUUCAUUCUUUUUACCACCCCCUUUUCGCAUCCCGUAUACCCUCAGCUUGUGUCUACGUUUACGCCGGUCGUAUUCAGUUCACUACGUUUCAUCCUCCUGAAAAACAGCUAGCUAUACAAAACAACCACCUUUCUUACGCAUCUGUCCCCCACAUCACAUUACAUAAUGUUCUUCAAGAUCUCUACUAUCGCUGCUCUUGUUGCCACGGCCACCGCUCACAUGGCCCUGGUUAAGCCGUGCACCCGGUGGACCCCGCACGGCGAGAACUGCCCUGCUCCCCCGGCGGGCCAGUCGGUCGACUACAACCUGAACGCUCCCCUGGGCGCCAGCCAGCCGCUGUGCAAGUACACGACCCCGUACGACACCCCGGUUGAGACAUGGACUGCCGGUCAGUCGGUCACUGUCAAGUUUGACCCGACUGGCGCGGCUGCCCACGGUGGCGGUCACUGCGAGUUCUCUCUGUCGUACGACGGCGGCAAGACAUUCGUUGUUGUCCACCAGGAGCUCAAGUACUGCUUCUUCAACGGCCCCUCGUCGAGCAACACUCCUCAGGUGACGAGCUACACGUUCAACCUGCCCACCGAUCUGCCGAGCUCCGACAAGGCUGUGUUCCAGUGGACCUGGGUCAACGCCAUCGGCAACCGCGAGUUCUACAGCAACUGUGCUGAUGUCGCCAUCAAGGGCUCGUCCAAGUCGUUCACUGGCAAGGAGCUCACCAUUGCCAACCACAACGGCUACCCGACCAUCCCCGAGUUCAACGGCAACUACGACACCGGUCUUGAGCACUACAAGAACGCCAAGCAGAUCACCGUUACUGGUAACGGCUCUACUGGCCCCGCUCCGGUUCCGUCGUCGUCGGCUGCCCCGUCGUACACCUCGGCUGCUCCGUCGUACACCUCGGUCGCUCCCCCGGUCGGCCACACCCCGUCGGCCCCGGCCCCUGUCCCGACCUCCAGCGCCCCGGCUGUGACGUCCUCGGUUAGACCUGCCCCGACUGCCACCCCUGUCCCGCCCACCACUGCUGCCCCUGGUCCUGGCCCUACCACUGCUGCUCCCAUCCCCACCCAGCCUGCCGGCGGUGCCUGCACGCACGGUGCUAUGCGGUGCGCGGCUGAUGGCUCUGGCUUCCAGACCUGCGUCUGGGGUGUCUGGGACACCGUCACUAGCUGCCCCGGUGAGACCAAGUGCAAGGCCAACGGCGACAGCAUCGUCUGUGACUGGGUCUAAGGCAUGAAUGCGUGAUGCGUCUUUGUCUGCACAUGCCCUAACGUCCUCUCCUUUGCUACGGACCUCGUGGAACAUUUGGACAUCUUUUCCGGGUUAGCAGAGAAUUUAGCGCUGUAGAGCAUCGCAUACUUUCUCUUCCUUCCCGAGCCCUGUCCUCCAUCUUAAUGCUAUGUACGUCUAGUGGUUGAACCACUGCGAAAAAAAUAAAAGGAAUUGUUGUUCACAUAUUAC